UUUUUUUAUUUUUUUUUUACAACAGUUGCAUUCUUUAUAAAUUUUCGAUUCACGCUCAUUUUUCACGCUAUCAACACUACUUUUUACGUGGACACUGUUUUCUCAGUAAGACACACGAGAGCCAUGCGGAUUAGGACUUCAAGAGACCUGUUCACUAUUCUUAUACUGGGUUGUAUAUUUUUAAGAAAUUACUCCAAGUUUAAAAUGACAAAUGUUGUGUGCGAUUCCUUCAACAAAUCCUGGGUUGUCUACAGGGAAUGCCGAUUGCGUGCCGUUAGUCGCAACAAGACCACUCUAACAGCAUUUGUUUUUAUAUCGGAGCCAGCUUAUAAUAUACAAAUGCAAUUAAAAGUGCUCAAGAAGGCAAAUGGGUAUAAGCCAUUUUUAUUUGAUUAUACAAUUGAUGCUUGCAAAUUUAUGCGUACUCGUUAUCACCCGGUGGCAAAAAUGUUUUGGAAUCUUUUUAAAGAUAUUUCAACGCUAAAUCACACCUGUCCAUAUUUUUAG